CUUGAACAUUGCGCACUGUGGGACACACUCCGUUGACUCUCAUCGGCACGGUCCUCCUUGCGGGUUUCGGGAGACACUAGACUGCAUCUAUCAAGGACCUGAUCAACCUGGACUUUUCUUUCUUGAGACUACAGGCCUCGAUGUCAAUGAGGGAGGCACUCCCUCCUCUCCUUUGGGCGCAUGUCUCUCACUCGACCUUACGGUCAUCGGCACUCGCCGAUACUGCUGGCUGAAGGAAGCGACACCUUUAGCGCAAGGUACGCUGCUCUUCCCAUCGAGUUACGGUCGAUCAUUGAGAGGGAGGUACUCUUCGGACCUGGCAGCUACGCGGGCGACGAGGUUGAGGAGCUUGUCGCGCCGAGCUACAGUGCCGAUCUGCGACUCGCCGCUCUCUGUCACCUGCACCGCCACAAUCGCAAUGCGUACGAUAUGAUUCAUGUGCGACGCUCACUCGAGCAGGCCUUCAGUCAACUGGACACGGUGGGCCUUGUCGACGUGAUGAGGGGCAGUCCAGGCCUUCGAAAGGACUUGCUAGAAUUGUGUCGAGGAAGGUCGUUCAGCCAAGCGCUGUAUUCCUCGCACUCCGUGGACUUUCUAUCGAGGGUUCUGGAUCUGCUUUUGAAUGACAUUCAAGGGACGCUGUCGGACGAUGACGAGCUGGUGCGAGAUGUCAUGCGCCGGAUGCUCCUUUAUUGCGUCAGAGAGGAACAUGCGAUCCUCAUCGAGCAGCCGACAUCUUCGUUGGCAAUCAAAACGCUUUUUGGCCUCUCCGUCUCUCAGCUGCAACCUCUCUGCGACCUCGAAAGGCGUCUUCGAGCGCGCUUGUUUGAUUGGCGUGACACAGAACGGCUUACGGUGUACCAUGCAAAGAUUGGGUCAACAGCAUGGUCCCAUCACAACGACCUCGUGGGCGCUUCGAACUGGCUCGCUCAACUCACACUCCCCCUGAUCCCCGUCAUGGCGCUUGCCUGGUUCUUUUCAAACGCCCUCAUCCGAAUGGCGGCGUGGUGUCUCACCGUCUCGCUCACUUCGAGCUGGCUUCUCUUGCUGGGUCUAUAUCUACGCCGCGUCGUACGCAAGCUCGCAGUCGAUCACGUCUACCUCAGGAGCAGAUCACCAAUGCUCGUUCACAGCACCUCUGUACCACGAUCGAGCAAAAGCAGCGUCGUUAAACACCCAGCUCCCUCGCUUGCUGUGCAGUCUCGGCGGUCCUUGAGCCUCUGGCCCUGGAAUGAGAUUCGCAUACGUAACGCCUCGAAGGGCUCGAUCCUCGUCUCGUCUUACAACGCUGCCGACCACUACUUCAUGGUCACGCCGAUCACGCAGACCGUCAUAUCAAGCCGCUGCACCGACAUUGUCUUUUCGACGUGGGAUCUGCGUGGAACUAGAGUUCACGUUCAGCAGUGCAGGGAAAAGCGAGACGAAGUCGACGAGAAGACUGAUGAGCGGUCUCUUCUCAAAGAGUGGGAAAGGGGCAGCCGCUUCAAUCUCUAUGCGAAACGGAUCCUGCUUGUCCCAAAGAGCUCACAGCUCACUGUCACCGACGAUGAUUUUGUGUAAAUGUCGCCAUGAAUGCGGUGAUGUGCCUGUCGAACAUUUCGGCGGGAUAUCCCAUCUUGAUACCAUGACCCUGUGUCGCGAGCCGAAAUCGACUGUAUCUUAAUGUCGCCGUCCCUCGUUUCAGUCGAGUCAGUCCUCGGGAGGGGUUACGAGGGAGCAGUGGGCAAAAGCUUUGAGAAGACGGUCGUAUUUCGUAUAUCAUUAUAGCUGCCAGCAUUUUUAAGGCAGACUGUACAUUCGAGAAGAGGUCGUCAUGAAGAAAAGAGCGACAUCCCGGGUCUCGAAAGGGGCAAAGGAUGCCCAGAACAAAAGAUAAAAAGAGAACAAGGGUACCAAUAAGCCCAAUACUGUCCAGCCCCAAGGGAAAAAG